AUGGCUGUCCGCCCCUUUUUGGGUGGCGCUCUCGAUACGGUUGCGUCAACCUCGACGUCGCUGUCGCCCUCCCCGUCCCCGCCGGCGUCCGUGCCUCGCGAUUUCGCUCCUCCUGCGUGUCGCCCCUCCGUCCCCUCCCCUUUCUUCGUCGUCAUCGUCGCUGUCGCGAAAGCCCUCCGGUCCCUCGAUUCCCUCGCCUAUCCCCUCCGCUGCGUCGUCCCAGUUUAUAUCCUCAUCCUCUGCGCACGUCGCGUUGGCUUCCUCUCUCCCCCUUUCCUCCCUGCCCCUCUCGCUGUCUGGUGUUAA